UCAAGUUUCCCUGCUGGCUGCUCCUGAGGCCGGAGUCCGGGGACACCCUUCUUCCAUGGCUCAGGAUACACUCCUGGGUCGAGCCAAUAGGAAAACUUGGCUGUUUCUGCCGCCUGACCUCCCAGUGUGGACCUAUGCCCAGGAGCCCUGAGCAGAGCUUCUCAGGAGCAUGGAAAGUGUCCGCUGCAAGCUGGCUCGCUACCUGGAGGACCUGGAGGAUAUCGACCUGAAGAAGUUCAAGAUGCACUUGGAAGACUACCCUCGCCAGAAGGGCUGCACCUCAGUCCCUCGGGGCCAGACCGAGAAAGCAGACCACGUGGACCUAGCCACUCUGAUGAUUGACUUCAACGGGGAGGAGCAGGCGUGGGCCAUGGCAGUGUGGAUAUUUGCUGCGAUCAACAGGAGAGACCUUUAUGAAAAAGCUAAGCAGGAGGAGCCAGAGUGGGAUAAUCAGCCAGUCAUAUGUCAGGAAGAAAGCCUUGAAGAGGAAGGGAUGGGUUUGUUGGGGUAUCUUUCCAGAAUCCCUGGUUGUAAGAAAAAGAAAGAUUAUUGUAAGAAGUACAGAAAAUAUGUGCGGAGCCGAUUCCAGAGUGUGAAAGACAGGAACGCCCGUCUGGGUGAGAGUGUGAACCUCAACAAACGCUACACAAGGUUGCGCCUGGUCAAGGAGCACCGGAGCCAGAAGGAGAGAGAACACGAGCUCCUGGCCAUCGGCAGGACCUCGGCCAAGACGUGGGACUGCCCCAUGAGCUCCCUGAGCAUGGAGCUCCUGUUCGAGCCCACUGACGAGCACGCCGAGCCUGUGCACACGGUAGUAUUCCAGGGAGCGGCGGGCAUCGGGAAGACAAUGCUGGCCAGGAAGAUCAUGUUGGACUGGGCGUCAGAGAAACUUUACCAGGACAAGUUUGACUAUUUGUUCUACAUCCACUGCCGCGAGGUGAGCCUGGGGACACGGAGGAGCCUGGGGGACCUGAUUGUCAGCUGCUGCCCGGGCCCAAACCCACCCAUAGCCAAGAUAGUGAGCAAGCCUAACAGGAUCCUCUUUCUCAUGGAUGGCUUCGAUGAGCUGCAAGGAGCCUUCGAUGAGCACACAGAGAUGCUCUGCACCAACUGGCAGAAGGUGGAGAGGGGAGACAUUCUCCUUAGCAGCCUCAUCCGGAAGAGGCUGCUUCCCGAGGCCUCCCUGCUCAUCACCACAAGACCCGUGGCCCUGGAGAAGCUGCAGCACUUACUGGAGCAUCCCCGCCAUGUGGAGAUUCUGGGUUUCUCAGAGGCCAAGAGGAGGGAGUACUUCUUUAAGUAUUUUUCUGAUGAGCAGCAGGCCAGGGAAGCCUUCAGGCUGAUUCAGGAGAAUGAGGUCCUCUUCACCAUGUGCUUUAUUCCCCUGGUCUGCUGGAUCGUGUGCACUGGGCUCAAGCAGCAGAUGGACAGUGGUAAGAGUCUCGCACAGACGUCCAAGACCACCACCGCGGUGUAUGUCUUCUUCCUCUAUAGUUUGCUGCACUCCCAGAGUGGGGCACAGAAGGGCCAAGUCUCUGCCAAUUUGAGGGGUCUCUGCUCGCUGGCUGCAGAUGGCAUCUGGAACCAGAAAAUCCUGUUUGAUGAGUGUGACCUCAGGAAUCACGGCCUGCAGAAGGCAGAUGUGUCCGCUUUCCUGAGGAUGAACCUCUUCCAAAAGGAAGUGGACUGUGAGAAAUUCUACAGCUUCAUCCACAUGACCUUCCAGGAGUUCUUUGCUGCCAUGUACUACCUGCUGGAAGAGGAGGAACAGGUGGGCACAAGGAACACACCACAGACUUGUCUAAAGCUUCCCAACCGAGACGUGACGGUCCUUCUUGAGAACUAUGGAAAAUUUGAAACGGGCUACCUGAUUUUUGUUGUGCGUUUCCUCUUUGGCCUUGUAAACCAGGAGAGAACCUCCUACUUGGAGAAAAAAUUGAGUUGCAAGAUCUCUCAGCAGAUUCGGCUGGAGCUGCUGAAGUGGAUCCAGGUGAAAGCGAAGGCGCAGAGGCUGCAGACGGAGCCCAGCCAGCUGGAACUGUUCUACUGCUUGUACGAGAUGCAGGAGGAGGACUUUGUGCAGACAGCAAUGAGCCAUUUCCCUAAAAUCGAGAUCAACCUGUCCACCAGAAUGGACCGUGUGGUUUCUUCCUUCUGCAUCGAGAACUGCCACAGCAUGGCAUCCCUGUCCCUCAGGUUGCUCCAUAACGCGCCCAAGGAGGAGGAGGAAGACGAGGAGGUUCAGGGCUCUGACGUGGACCACUGUGUCCUUCCAGACCCUCAUGCUGCCUAUUCCUACCGAAUGGCAAACUGCUAUCUCACGUCCAGCUUUUGCCGGCGCCUCUUCUCGGUCCUGAGCACUAACUGGAAGCUCACGGAGCUGAACCUCAGUGGCAAUACUGUGGGGGACCCAGGGAUGAAGGUGCUGUGUGAGACACUCCGGCAGCCUAGCUGCAACAUUCAGAGGCUGUGGCUGGGACGCUGUUGUCUCUCUCACCAUUGCUGCUCCAGCAUCUCCUCGGUCCUCAGCAGCAACCAGAAGCUGGUGGAGCUGGACCUGAACCACAAUGCCCUGGGAGACGUCGGAGUCAAGCAGCUGUGUGUGGGGCUGAGGCAUCUGCUCUGCAGGCUGGAGAGGCUCUGGUUGGUCAGCUGCUGUCUCACAUCGGAGUGCUGUGAGGAUCUUGCAUCUGUCCUGAGCACCAACAAGUCCCUGACCAGACUCUACUUGGGGGAAAACGCCCUGGGAGACUCAGGAGUUGGAAUUCUAUGUGAAAAAGUAAAGCAGCCACAAUGUAAGCUGCAGAAACUGGGGUUGGUGAAUUCUGGCCUUACGUCAGGUUGCUGUCCAGCUCUGUCCUCCGUGCUCAGCACUAACCAGAAUCUCACGCACCUCUACCUGCGGGACAAUGCUCUUGGAGACUCAGGAGUCAAGCUUCUCUGUGAGGGUCUUCUGCACCCCAGCUGCAAGCUUCAGGUGCUCGAAUUAGACAACUGCAGCCUGACCUCACACUGCUGCUGGAAUCUUUCCACACUUCUGACCACCAACCAGAGCCUGCGAGAACUGAGCCUGAGCAGCAAUGACCUGGGUGACCUGGGGGUCAUCCUGCUCUGCGAAGUGCUGAAGCAGCGGAGCAGCCUUCUAAAAAGCCUAACGUUGUAUGAAAUGUAUUUCAAUUAUGACACAAAACAUGCAUUAGAAACACUUCAAGAAGAGAAGCCUGAGUUGACCGUCAUCUAUGAACCCCCCCGGUAGUGCUGGACACAGGGCCGCCAGACACCCUAUUCUUUGCCUGUGCCCCAACCAGGAGCAGACAAAUGGUGUGAGCCCUCCUCCACCCAGGUUAAGGCUGCUGCUCCGCGAUUCUUCUGGUCCAGCAGGAGGAUGGAUCUAGCUGAUGAUGCACAGAGACCGUGAGCAUCCUCCCAACCUCUGGGCUGAAGACAUCAGGGAAAUGCAAUCACCCAACUGAUACACGGUUCUCGUCACAGAGACUAGGAGGGUGUGUUUCUCUUGGGAACCUCAUAGAACUUAUUCAAUAAAGCACUUUUUCUGUCUUCCUUUUCUCUUUUUACUUUCCAAAUCUCUUUUCCUUACAUGUUUUUCCCCUUCUUUGUUCUGUUUACUUUUGCCCAUGACUCCUGCCAUCUUUACCAUAACUGACCAUGACAGAACAAGUUAUCUAUAUAUUAUGUUGCAAUUUUGUGGCAGCAACUUAUUUAUUUUUAAUUUUUGUAAUAGUUAUUUUUUUUAAUAAAAGAAUUAAAGUUUAUUGCAUCU